CGGAUCAAGGUCCUGUGUGGACACGCCACGCCCUGAAGGCUACGCCGACUGCUGCCCUAUAUAAGAGCCUGCCGGCUGCUGGGAGUCAUCAGUUGGCACCCUCCGCCCAACAGCGACCACAGACUCUCUCCUCACCUGCCCAACAUGAAGUUUCUGGUGGUGCUCUGCGUGGUGCUGGCCGCGGCGGCGGCGACCCCGCUGCCUGAGCCUGGCUACCUGGGUGCCGGCCUCGUCGCCCCCGCUAUCGCCCCCGCCAUCGCCGCCCCCGUGCUCGCCCCCCGCGUCGUCGGCAUCGGUGGCGUCCUCGCCGCCCCGCAACCGCUGGCUGUCGCCGCCGCUGUGCCUCACGCCAAGAUCAUCCUGGGCUAAGCAGCCCGGCAGCGCAAAGAACACAUCACUCGACUAAACCCUUAUCCGGCCGGCAGGCGCACUGCUGACGACAGUGUUACCAACAUGAAAGCCUGAAAUAAAACAUCUAUUUUAUUCGUCGCAUUAAAAAA